CGCUAGAAUUUGCCCUCAAACCCGCAGUAAAUUACACUACUAACUUACUUGUGAAUGUUGCUGAUGCUGUACAAUGUUCCGAAUAUUCCCUCGAGCACCUUACAGUUGAUGAAGCAGCCGCUAUACGUCUGUACACGUUAGAAUGGCCUAAUCGUACACCAAGCGUUUAUUCUUUAAUAAACGAAGGCUUACGUGGGGAAAGCCAUGAGACUAUAAGACCGUGGCUCGGCUACUUAAAGUUAUUGAUCACAGCUCUCGAAAACUUGCCAUCUGUCAGCGGACUUGUAUAUCGUGGGGUGAAAGAGAACCUUAGUCAAGAAUAUUCUGAAGGAACAAAGUGUAUAUGGUGGGCGGUGAGCUCGUGUACCGAAUCCAUUAAAGUGCUGGAACAGUUUCUUGGACGUCAAGGCCCACGAACAAUAUUUAUAAUACAAUGCAUUAAGGGCAAAGUGAUCAGACAACACUCAUAUUUUCAGCAAGAAAAUGAGAUCGUCUUGCCUCCCGGUACACAAUUGCACGUCAUUGGUCAGCUGAGUCCUGCGGAUGAUCUCUACAUUAUACAUAUGCAAGAGGUGCAGCACUCAGUCCCAAACUAUAGCGCUCAAAUGAUGAUGGCAAAUUUUACGCCGCAAUUACAUCAAAGUACCUCGAAAGAGGCAGAGCAAUUGAUAAAAGCUAUUGUUGCCAUAAAAACAGACAAACCUAUCACGUCCAAUGGUGAGCACUGCACAGUUCCCACAGAAAAAUGGAUAACGACGAUUUGUGUUAUUUUUCUAGAAGACUGGUUAACCGACAAAUGGAAAACAAAAGUGAUCCUAACAGUAAGUACAGCCGAAGCCGAUGAUGAAGAAGAUCAUAAACACAACACUGAAACCUGUAAGUAA